AUGAAGGAGAUGAAGCAGCGGAGGAAGAAGGAGCGCACGUGGGCCGAGGCCGCCCGCCUGGUGCUGGAAAAUUACUCUGAUGCUCCCAUGACCCCAAAACAGAUUCUGCAGGUCAUAGAGGCUGAAGGACUAAAGGAAAUGAGAAGUGGCACUUCUCCCCUAGCCUGCCUCAACGCCAUGCUCCAUUCCAAUUCAAGGGGAGGUGACGGACUCUUUUACAAACUGCCUGGACGCAUCAGCCUCUUCACGCUCAAGAAGGAUGCCUUGCAGUGGUCUCGGAACCUGUCUGUGCCAGAAGGGGAGGAGCUGGAGGAUACAGCAGACGCAGAAAGUUGCGAGUCCAAUGAAGCAAGCACUGUGAGUGGUGAUAACGAUGUGUCUCUUGAUGAAACCUCCUCUAAUGCCUCCUGUUCCACUGAGUCUCAGAGCAAGGGACCCGCUACUACCAGGGAGAGCUACAGAACCGCCUCCCAGACAACCAAACAAAAGAAAAAGACUGGUGUAAUGCUGCCACGUGUUGUCUUAACGCCACUGAAAGUAAAUGGGGCACACAUGGAGUCUGCCUCCGGCUUCACAGGAAGGCAUGCUGAUGGGGAGAGCAGUAGCACAUCCAGCAGCAGCAGCAGCUCUUUGGCCCUGUGCAAAGCCACCUUGCGUAGUAGAACAGAAAUAAACAGGGAUCCUCCGCAGCUUCUCAGAGGUAUCCGAAAGCCCACAGCUGGACAAAUGAAACGAAACAGGGGUGAGGAUAUUGACUUUGAAACACCUGGUUCCAUUCUUGUCAAUACAAACCUGCGAGCUCUGAUAAACUCCAGAACCUUUAAUGCGCUCCCGUCGCACUUCCAGCAGCAGCUUCUUUACCUCCUUCCAGAAGUUGACAGACAGGUCGGGGCUGAUGGGCUGAUGCGUCUCAGUGGCAGUGCUCUGAAUAAUGAAUUCUUCACACACGCUGCGCAGAGCUGGAGGGAACGACUAGCUGAUGGUGAAUUCACCCAUGAGAUGCAAGUUCGAAUUCGGCAGGAGAUGGAAAAGGAAAAGAGAGUGGAGCAAUGGAAAGAGAAGUUCUUUGAGGACUACUAUGGACAAAAGUUGGGCUUGACCCAAGAAGAAUCCCAGGAGCAGAAUUUGGUGCAAGAAGAUGCUGAGAACAGGACAGGACUGUCUGUUAAAGGAGAAGCAAGACUGCCGCGCGGUCCUUCUACACGGCAGAGAGAUGGGCACUUCAAGAAACGCUCCCGGGCCGACCUGCGAUGCAGAGCCAGGAGGAGCCUGUACAAAUUGCGUGAACCUGAGCAAACGGAGGCUUCCAAAGAGACUGCUUCUGUGGGACCAGAUUCCUCUCUCAAUAAAGAGACAAAGCCUGAGAUAGACCUGAAGAAAGAUGAUCUGACGAGCCCUUCGGCUGCAGUACUGAAGCCAGAGAGUUCAGAAUUGCAGCUCUCUCCAGAGACUUCCAAAUUACACAGUAAAUCGGAAGAGCUGUCAUUGGCAGCUGCAAACAGAAUUCCCAGUUUGCCCCAGGAGAACUCUGCUCGGGAGUCCAAGGACCAGAAGAGGAAAUGCUUUGAGGAGGCUGCCUCUGCGUCCUUCCCCGAAAAGAAGCCCCGGCUUGAAGAUCGUCAGUCCUUUCGUAACACAAUUGAAAGUGUUCACCCAGAAAAGCCACAGCCUACUAAAGAGGAGCCAAAAGUCCCACCCAUCCGGAUACAACUUUCACGUAUUAAACCACCCUGGGUGGUUAAAGGUCAGCCCACUUACCAGAUAUGCCCCAGGAUCAUCCCCAACACGGAGCCCUCCAGCCGGGGCAGGACUGGGGCCAGAACACUCGCAGACAUUAAAGCCCGUGCUUUGCAAGCCCGAGCCCAGCGAGAAGCUGCUACAGCCGCCAUUGGAGGUGGGGGUGGCCCAGGCGGAGGGAGAAGCACUGAUGAAGGAGGUGGCGGAGGAGAAUCCAGCAGCCGUACAGAGCACAGGAGAUCAAAGAGAACUCAUGGAAAGCGUUCGUCAGAUCUACAACGAACACAAUUACUGUCGUUUCUCCAUCUGAAUGGAGAAAAGGCUAACUCUGAGGUGGCUGCUCAGGAGGCUAACACAAAUUCCUUCGUCUCUUCAAGACAAGACCCCUUUUCUUCAAAGAGCGAGGGAAGAGGUGUUCUGGAAUGCACUGCAGGCACUAGUUCAGGGGCAGCUCAACCUGGUGAUGGUUCACCUAGAAGGCAGUUCUGUGAUGCUUUGACUGGGUCGUCCCUAGACAAUGCAACCUCUCGGAGGCAGGAGGAAAGCCCCGAGCAGCUCCUCUGUGACCCAAGGACCGAAACCCCAUCUUGUGUUGCAUCACGGGAGAGGCAAAGUACAAAGCUGAAAUGUGCGGUGCCACCAGUAAACGGCCUGUCAUGUUCUCUGGCGCAGGGAGCUGCGAUCAGUCCUGCGGGAGAUAGGGUUGUGUCAGAACUCAAAGAUGUUAGUGCUCCCACUGUACAGCUGGAUUAUCAUUCUCACGUAAAGGAAAAUUCCUCCAGUUGUCCUGCUCUUCUGCCAGAAUUGUCAUCAGGUGGUAAAGAAUGCCAUGAGCCAGAAAUGGUAUCUAGAUUUAGAUUUAAUGGCUCUGAAACGUUUGUGGAAAAAUGUGACGCUGAUAGUGAUAACUCCGAAACAGUGGCUACUGGCGUGGAGAAAGCAGUCCCUGCGCUGUAUAACUUUUCACACCUGCAGGCAGAGAAAGAGACCGAUGGCAGACUAAGUAAUGAAGAACAGAAUACAGAGUCUCUGGUGAAACCCUCUUUGCAUGAUGACUUUAUUUCCCAGAACAGGACAGAUACCUCUGAAAAACUUCUGCAGCUGAGGGAAAGGUGCCCCAGAACAGAACCAGAAAAUGCACAUCAGCCGCUGAGAGAGACUCAAGAGUUCAAGACAAACAGAGAUGAAGAAGUACAGAGUACACACAGUGAAACAACAGAUACCGCUUCAGAUUUUGAAGGUGACGUAGCUGAUGAGAAUAUAGAGAUGGAUAUAUGUUUCAGAAGUGUCAGCUGUAGGGAGGUGGCUGGGAAAGACUCUUCCUGUCACGGCAGCACUGAGAGAUGCAGUAGGAUUAGAUCAAAAUCAUCUGUGGAAACAGACAGCCUGGCCUAUGUUGUGGACUUCCCUGCAGUCGCAGCGAUGAGCACUGCACCUUCACCUCAGCGAUGGGGACCACAUGCACCAUUGCCCCAGAAACCCGAGCGGCCGACAGGUUCUUCUCGGCCCGUAUCCGCUAUUGAAACCAACAACCCUUUGGUGAUGCAGCUGCUUAAGGGGAACCUUCCACUGGAAGAAGUUCUCCCAGUAUCUCACGCCAACAUCAAGCUGGAAAUUACACAGCCACCACUGGACAAGCAGUCAGAAAGCCUCUCCCUGCAAAUGGAGAGAGGUAGCAGUUGCUAUUUUGGCAAAGAAUCUUCCCCAGAUGUAGGAAUAAAGAUGAGUGCCCUAAGCAGGAGCGAUGACUUCCACUCAAUGAGAUCUUCCAUGGAAGCCCAGGAGAAGAAGUGCGGAUCAGGGGCAGCAUUGCCUAGAGCAGAGGAUGCGGAGGAUCAGACUAUUGCAGAAAAACAUUCCAAAGUCGCCUCGACUUUAAGCUGCCAAGAGCAACUGGCAAAGGUGGCAAGUGCCUCUCAGAAGCUUGAAGAUAUGGGCCCUCGGGAAAGAACAUUUUCUUCCUGCAGCUUUGAGGAGCAAAAGGAGUUGCCCAAGGUCCAUCGGGUGCCACAGCGCAACCCGUUAACAAGCGUUGUCACAAAUAAAAGUCCGGAGAAGUUGAACGCCUCUACAGAGCCUCGGUUUUUAUCUCCAGCUGUAACUUCUCUUGGUCCAAAUCAGACAGGGGGUACAUCGGUCAAUAAAAAUUAUGUUGGAGUUCAAGGCAAAAAACUCUUUGGUUCUGGUUUUCCUUGCAACCCCAGUGUUAGACUACAUCACGCCAGGGCUUUAGAUCAAGCUUCAGCCAUGGGAACCUUGUCCCCCAGCAAACAGGUUCCUCUGAACAAGAGCUGUGCAUCAGGAGAAGGAAUGCCAGCUGCAAGGGAAGAAUGGACUUCCAAGCAGCACACCAACACCCUGGGAGAAAUGAAAAAUGAGAACGUGUUGGCAUGUGGCAGCCCAGCCAAGAGUAACGCGGAGAACCAGAAGGAUGCAGCGCAAAACCCCGUGGAGCUGACUGAGCAUUUGCAAAGUGUUCCGCUGGUUAUGGACUUGCCGUUUUUUAAGUUUUCGAGGGAACCAGGAAAAGGACACAAUCACCCUUUGGAGCCUUCUUCCAUACCCUCACAGCUCAAUAUCAAGCAAGCGUUUUAUGGGAAGCUUUCUAAGCUGCAGCUUAAUUCCACCAGCUUUAAUUAUUCAUCCAACACUCCAGCUUUUCCCAGAAGUCUUGCUGGAAGCAUGAUGCAGCUAACCCACAAAGCGAACUUUGCUGCAAACCAUAAUACGUCCCUUUCUGUGCAGAUGUUUGCUGAUAGCAGCAGUGUUGACGAGAUAUCGUUCAAGUGCUCGUGCAGCCUUAAAGCCAUGAUCAUGUGUAAAGGCUGCGGGGCCUUUUGUCACGAUGACUGUAUAGGACCCUCUAAGCUUUGUGUAUUGUGCCUUGUGGUGAGAUAAUAAAUUAUGGCCAUGGGACAAAUUGUAUAUUCAGUGUGUGUAUUUUGAUAACGACUGAUCCUAAAACCUGUACACAAAAUACUCUUCUGUUUAUAGUAGAAAUGCUAUUACACUUUGUUUUGGUGAGGAAAGUUGACUUGCCUUCCCACUAAACCCUUUCUUGCUCACGGUUACACUCCAGUCUCUGUGGGCUGCACCCCACUGGAGCGAUCCUUCUGCUUAGUGCUAUCGUGGAAAUCCUGAUUGUGCUCUGGUACACGUGCUGAGGCUAACACCUGAGUGAGAGGCAGUUUGCUGUGGCAAUCCGUGGACCCUCUGCUGAGGAAAUCUUUACAUCCAAACGAACUGGAACAGGGUGUUUUCUAUUUCAGGGCUGCGCUAGGUGAGGCCCUACAGUCUUCCACUCUCCCCUUCCGCCAUCUCCAUUCUUGGUUUGCGAGGGAAGUGCCGCGGUACAGUAAGCGUAAGCGAAGAGCUGCUCUGCAGUGAUGGUUCUGUACGGGCUUUGGAUGCUACAGCAGGACGUGGUGCCCAGUGAAGCGCUCCGCGGGUGGCUGGGGAGCCGCAUGCAGCGAACCGUAGACGGGAUGGAGCUGGCUCGGAGGACGCAAGAGAAAAAAUGGUGCCAACCGAAUGCCUUCUGCUGGUCUGCAGGAAGAUGUGUGGCCCAGGGAACUGUGCGCCUGGCUGAACUC